AUGGGGCAGGACUGGAAAAUAAUCAACCUCGACAAGUGCGAGCAGGGACCGACUCUGGGAUACAAGUUCAGCAGUGACAUGGAGCACCCGCAGACUGGUCUCAUGAAGCUGUUGGCGGCGCCCAGAGAUCCGACGCCUGAGCUCCCGUUGAAAUGGGUCAUCGCCCCCGAUGCAUCCCGAGUUGAUGAUCUGGGAACACUAGGAGUGUUGCCGCCUGAGCUCGUGGGAUUCGUAUUCAGGCAACUCGACGACUUGGAAGACAUCGCGUGCUUUGCUGUAUCGCAUCGCAUUCUCCUUCAGCACGGUUACCCAUACCUCGUCAGAGCGCGAAGCUGGAGCGGCGACCGCAUAAUCUUCGUGGGAGAGUACCUGGAGGCUAUUCCGGAACGGAUGCUCAUCAGUGAAACUGAGAAAGAGGAAUUCAAGGCGAUAAGCGAGUCAGAAGCCUGUACUCUAUCGCAGUGGCUACUGGAGACAUACCGAGAACCGCAGUCUCGGUCUUCGAUAACCAUGGGAUCUUCGUUUUGGACGUACCGUCGCUUUCGCCGUACGAGGCGCGCUCUCAGGGACAGCACUCCGGAAGAGGAUUUCAGAACAGCUCUCGAUUGCGCCCGGAUUGAUGCAGCUGUGCGCGAGAGCUCAACUCAACCUUGUUAUCAAGGCUCGAAACACAUAUCAAACCUCGCAAUCUGCAACUGGACCAAGCGAGCCUUCGUACGCGGCGAACAGAUCGCGAGAAUACAGAGGGACCCGGAAGACGACAGCCGUGGCUUUGCGGACCUCGGACAUGUCGCAGUCUUCAUGACCGCCUGUUCCGACGACAUGAGCUCGGCUACACCAUGGAAUGGCGGGGACUGGGAAGUGCUCUACGAGAAGUUACGCGGGAAGAUGGGAGCGUGGGCCGGGGAACGUCUGUCUAUCAUUGAGGUUGAUCGGUUAGAGGCAGAUAUGGAGGAUGAUUCGGUCGAGAUCGCCUCGCUUAUGCGCCUCUGGUACCAGGCCAAUGACUGGUAG